AUAGGCCGGCAGAUAUGCCUAUAUAAACUAACCAAAAGACAAAACAUUGAUUUCAUCAAACAUCAUAUACUAUAUUCUAAUGGCUACCAAACUCGUCUACAUUCUCCUCAUCAUAUUCACAUUCACCGUAUCUCCGGCGAUCUCAACCGCCCCGAAAGAUUGCGACAUCGGCUUGGAGAAUCCGUGCAUCAGUAAAUCUAAGGCUUUGCCACUCAAAAUCGUAGCCAUUGUAGCUAUCCUCACGACAAGUUUGAUAGGUGUAAUGACUCCUCUUUUCAGCCGUUACAUUUCUUUCAUCCAUCCUGACGGCAACGGUUUCAUGAUCUUGAAGUGUUUUUCUUCCGGAAUCAUCCUAGGAACUGGUUUCAUGCACGUUUUGCCUGACUCUUUCGAGAUGUUGUCAUCAAAAUGUCUUAAUGAUGAUCCGUGGCAUAAGUUUCCUUUUGCGGGAUUUUUCGCUAUGGUGUCCGGUCUAGUCACUCUAGCCAUUGACUCCGUUACCACCAGCCUUUAUACCGUCAAAAACACAGUCGGGCAAGAGCCUGAAGAGUAUGGCGUUGAUCAAGAGAAGGCGACUCACACUAGCCACGGUUAUGGUGUUGUGCUAGCAACUAAAGAUAAUGGAUCUUCUGAUCCACAACUUCUACGGUAUCGUGUCAUUGCUAUGGUAUUGGAGCUUGGGAUUUUAUUUCAUUCCAUGGUCAUUGGACUAUCUCUAGGAGCAACUAAUGAUGCAUGCACCAUUAAAGGACUCAUAAUAGCUCUUUGCUUCCAUCACCUGUUCGAAGGCAUAGGUCUCGGUGGCUGCAUCCUCCAGGCAGAUUUUAGAAAUGUGAAGAAGUUCUUGAUGGCAUUCUUUUUCGCUGGAACAACACCUAGUGGUAUCUUUCUUGGGAUCGCAUUGUCAAGUAUCUAUAGAGAUAACAGUCCAACGGCGUUGAUAACGAUUGGGCUGUUAAAUGCUUGCUCGGCCGGAAUGCUCAUCUACAUGGCCCUCGUCGACCUUCUGGCUACCGAGUUCAUGGGAUCAAUGCUCCAAGGUAGCAUCAAGCUUCAGACCAAGUGCUUCGCGGCCGCUUUGCUCGGCUGCGCCGUAAUGUCUGUCGUCGCCAAGUGGGCUUAAAACACUCUUAUCAACAUAAUUAAUCAAUUAUUUGAUUCAUUAUAUACAUUCAAGGUGAAAAUGAUUCGCCUUUGUACAUUUG